CAGUUUUGUUUUGUGAGCGGUUGCGUCUGGUUGGUGCGGUACCUUUUAAUUGUGCGCAAAUUGUGUGGUGCAUUUUUUGAAAAACUGUAGUGGUGGUUUGACUCUUCGACUGCGACUGCGACUUCGUCUCUCUUUCUGUCUCUCCUGUAUAUGUGCUCGUGCCCCGUAUCCGUGAAUGUGUAUGUGUGUGCGUGCAUUUGAACAAGGAAAAGUGUGAAGAUUUUUGAAAGAAAGCGCAACUUCGAUUUGAAGAAGAAAUUUAAAGAUUAAUAAGUAAAAAAAAGAAAGAAAAUGGCAACCGAAGUAGCUCAAAUACCCGCUGAGGAAACGCCUGCAGUAGCCGCAGCAGCAGCAACAACAGAGAACGCUGCUGCUGAGCAGGCGGAAAAACCUGCUGCCGAGCCUGUCGCCGCUGCCGCUGCCGUCGCUGAGAACGCGGCCGCCGCUAACGCCCAAGACAACAACAAAGAGGAUGCGAAGGCGUCGCCAGCCGCUGGUGCUGCCGAUGGAGCCGCCGCUGCCGAUGCGAAGAAAGAUGGUGGCGAUGCUGCCGCCGUCGCUGCCCCAGCCAAAUCCGAAGCGCCAGCACAAAAGUUCAAUGUGCACAAGACCAAUUUUGAGAAGGACAUCAUUUAUCUGUAUCAAUUUUCACGCACUCCCCUGCUGCCGUCUCUCUCACCGUAUUGCCUGAAAGUGGAGACUUGGCUGCGUCUGGUGGGGCUCAAGUACGAGAAUGUGGAUCAUAAGAUGCGUUUCCGUUCCAAGAAGGGUCAAUUGCCUUUCAUCGAGCUGAAUGGCGAGGAAAUUGCUGAUUCGGCCAUCAUUAUCAAGGAGCUAUCGGCUAAAUAUGACAAGAACUUGGAUGCCGGACUAACUGCCGAACAGCGCAAUGUUUCGUAUGCCACAAUUGCCAUGUUGGAGAAUCAUUUGAUUUGGAUCAUCUUCUACUGGCGCGCCAAGUAUCCCGAUAACGUACUCAAGGGCUACAAAGUGAAUUUGCAGCAUGCGCUCGGCCUACGUUUGCCCAACUCGAUUUUGAACUUCUUCUUCAAGAUCACAUUCGGUCGUAAGUGGUUCCAGGGCACGAAAAAGCUAAAGGCGCAUGGCAUUGGUGUCCAUAGCGCCGAGGAGAUCGAAGAGUUUGGCAAAAAUGAUCUUAAAGUGCUCAGCGAGAUGCUCGACUGCAAGCCGUUCUUCUUUGGCGAUGAGCCAACCACAUUGGAUGUGGUUGCCUUUGCAGUGCUGUCGCAGUUGCACUAUCUAUCCAAGGAUAUUACGUAUCCAUUGCGCGACUAUAUGACCGAGAAGUGUCCCAACUUGAUUGGCCAUGUUUCGCGCAUGAAGGACAAGUGCUUCCCCGACUGGGAUGAGAUUUGCACAAAGCUGGAUCUCAAUGCGCACAUUCCCAAGCCAGAACCCGAGACCAAGGAGGGCAAGGAAGGCGGCGAGCAAGAGAAAUCGAACGAGCAGGAAGGCACCGAGGGCGAUAAGAUCGAGAAGGAGUUGGAGAAGGACAAGUCGAACGAGAAGGAAUCGACCGAGGAGAACAAAGAAAAGGAGGAAACAAAGUAAACAUCCACAUAUAUAUCUUUCCAUAUAUAUAUAUAUAGGCGAUGAUCAAGCAAAAGGAUGGAAGGCAAA